AUGGGGAGGGGGCGGGUCGAGCUCAAGCGGAUCGAGAACAAGAUCAACCGCCAGGUCACCUUCGCCAAGCGCCGCAACGGCCUGCUCAAGAAGGCGUACGAGCUCUCCGUGCUCUGCGACGCCGAGGUCGCGCUCAUCAUCUUCUCCAACCGCGGCAAGCUCUACGAGUUCUCCAGCACGCAGAGCAUGCCAAAAACUCUUGAAAAGUACCAAAAAUGCAGUUUUGCAGGGCCUGAAACAGCCCUCCAGAAUAGAGAGAAUGAGCAAUUGAAAAGCAGCCGCAAUGAAUACCUCAAACUGAAGGCACGCGUUGAUAAUUUACAGCGGACUCAGAGGAACUUGCUUGGUGAAGAUCUUGAGUCAUUAGGCAUAAAAGAGCUGGAGCACCUCGAGAAGCAACUCGAUUCAUCCUUGAAGCACAUAAGAUCUACAAGGACACAACACAUGGUUGAUCAACUGACAGAACUUCAGAAAAGGGAACAAAUGUUUUGUGAAGCAAAUAAGUGUCUUCGAAGAAGACUGGAGGAGAGCAACCAGGUUAUAUGGCAGCAUGCGUGGGAGCAAAGCGAACGGCAUCCUGAAGUGCAGCCGCAGCAGCUACACGGCACUAACAACUUCUUCCAUCCCCUCGAUGCUGCUGGUGAACCCACCCUUCAGAUAGGGUACCCUUCAGAGGCACUGACUAGCCCAUGCAUUACCACGUUCCUGCCCCCAUGGUUGCCAUGA